AUGGGUCCAGUACCUUAUAAAAUUAUUGAUAGACUUCAUGAUGAAGUUAAAACCAAUAUAAAAUUAAAUCAGCAAGUAAUAUCUUUAAUUCAGUCAUUUGUUAAAUAUUUAAAAGAACCAAGAUAUCAAUCACCGUUGACUAUAAAUGAAUUAUCCGAUUUAUUUAAACGAUUUUAUCAAGAUUUAAAUGUAUUAAUUAUAUGUGUAUAUACUCAACUGAAUUCAACAAAGAAACAGCUUAUAUCUGAGUGUGAUUAUUUUAAUGAAAAUCCUAAAAUUUUUGAUUAUUUAUUAGCUAUUGCAAAUUAUUCAAAUUCUUCGAUUAGAUUAUUAAAAAGAUCAGAUAAUGAUGCAUUGUAUCAAUUAAGGGUAUUUAAUUUUUAUAAAUUUUUGAUUAUAUUGGAAUCUAUAAACUUAGCAGAACAUGAAUUAUUUAGAUCAGGUGAUGAUGUAACACUAUAUGAUGAAAUAUUUAAAUUUGAUCAAAGGGAUAUAAUUUAUGAGGAGUUUUUAAAGGAGAAAUUGGAUACAUUGAAGGAACUAAAUAUACCAUUUGAGAGGAAAUUGGAUUUAUCAGACGAAGAAAUUGAAAUAUUACAAAAGAAUAUUGAUGAAUUAGAUGAAUGCAAGACUCCAUUUACAAAAUUAAAACUGGUGGUUAAUCUACAAAAGAAAUUAAUUGGAUUCUUAUCAAACAAAUAUAACGAAAGUAUAAAUAAUGAUAUUUUACUACCUUCAUUGAUAUACCUACUUAUUUAUAAAUUGAAUCAUAAAAACUUAUACCUUAAUUUUUUAUUCAUUAAACAUUUCCUCAACAUUAUAGAUACAAAUCCGGAUCUAUAUCAACUCAAUUUAUACUUAUCCUACAAUCCAUAUUCAGAAAGACCACCAUUAAAAUGUAAGAAAACUUCAUUAUUAGGAUAUUUAAAUUUACACGAUUCACAAUUUCUUGCACAAGAACAUAAAAUUGAUGAUGAAUUUGACUUUUUCACCAAUGAUAAAGAUUUAAUUACAUUUAUAAAUUCAAAUUAUUUAAAUUUUGGUGAAUUAAAUUAUUAUUUAACAAAUUUUGAAGCUAUAAUUGUUUAUCUUUCAAAUACCACUAUAUCUGAAUUGGCACCAAAUAUUGAAAUAAAUAAAAACAUAAUUAAGUUUCCAAUUGAUAAAUUAGUUGAUGAAGAAUUAUUAUCUCAUUUCCAAUUUCCCGAUGGACAGAUAGCAGAAGAAAUAAAUAGAUCAAGAUCAUCAUCAAUAUUAAAUCAAAUUAGUAAUAAAAUUUCUGAAACUAGAUCAAGGUCAAGCUCCAUGAAGAAGGAAAAUUUUCCUACUGUUGAUGAAGGUUGGAAAAUUAGAAAUAUAUUCAAAAUUAAUCAAGAUGAUACUGAAGAUGAUAAUAGUAUAUUUUCCCCAACAAAACGUUCAAAUUCAUUAAUGACAAAAUUAUCACCUAGUCAUUCAAGAACAAGAUCAAGUUCCAUUGAAAAUAAGAGAAAUUCAAUAACACAAAAAUUCUCAAAUGGAGUUUCAGAAUUUAUGACAAAAUUAAAUCAAUCAGAUGUAAAUCCAUCAAAUUCAUCUUUACAGUCAAUUGAACAAGAAGCAUCAGGUAGACAAAGAACCACAAGUUUACAAAUAUUAGAUAAAUGGUUUAAUAAUCUACUGGUUUCUAAAAAACCUGAAGUUGUAAACGAAGAGGUAGAUUUACAUGAAUUAACAAAAUAUCAUAAUAUGGAUUUUGAAAAUUUGACUAUAAAGGAUUUGAAAAUAUUGAAAGGUUAUUAUGAUCAAUUAUGUAUAAAUGUAUUGAAAGAUGAUUUAAAUGCUGAAUCCAUUGAUUCUGAUAAAUUACACGAAAAUAUAAUUACAAGUAGUAGUAGCUUAUAG